GCCUCGCGUGACGUCACGACUCACCUGUGGGUGGGUGAAGGAUCUGGGAUUAGCUCUAGCCGCAGGUAAUAGCCAAACAUUGGGAGACUCACGGCAACACAAGAUUUACACAAGACUGAGUUUUACAAGAAAGAGGACACGACGCGAAUGAGCCGAGUUGUGUUUUUCGGUCGAGGCAUCCGACGUUAAGUUUGCAAAGCUUGUUGUUUCGUGGAGGUAAAGUUACCUGAAAAUCUGUGGGCGGUGGAAACCCGUCUUUCUUUCUCGUUGUGAAGCGUGAGCAGAAGUUUUUCUCCCUGAGACUUCCGCGGUUUCCUCGCUGAACAAGUUGUUUCGGGUAAACGACAACCACAAGUGUUUCUUCUUAUGCGGUCCCAGGUAUUCUGAGCCAUGCCUGGCCACAGCUCAGGGGCUCCCCAGGCGUCCCGCCAGCACAAACACUACAGCUCCAACUCGAAGUGCCGACAGACCCGGACUAUAUCCAGGGACAGCACGACCAGCCAGGACUCCUGCAAGGACCCUCAUGUGGAGCAUAAACAUGAGCACCACGCUGACCACUCCCGGCAUUCAGACAACAAGUAUGGUCCGAGCAAAAGCCACCCACGAAAUGGCACCGCUCGGGGCUCAGAGACGAUCGGAUUUAUCCCUGGUUCGGCGGACAGCACCCCUGCCAGCAGACAUGCCUGUGGCUCGUGUGCCUCCAUGGGCUGGAGUGGCUGUAAGGCUCUUAUCUGCUGUAUACUGACCUGUGGGUUUUAUGGCAGCAGAGAGCCCUGCCUGCCUGUAAAUGAGAGCUCCACAGACCACCCCGCUAAAGCAGGCAGUGAGCCUCACCCUCCUAAUGGCAUGGCGGUGACCAACCCCACCUGCGGGAUCCCUUUGGAGCCCAGCAAGUCUACCAAAGCCUCUAAAUUGCCCACGAGUGACAGCUUCCGCUACCCGGAUGUGCGCAUCGCAGGUCAGACGGUCAGGUAUCCAGUUGCUGCCCCCAAACGAACCCGUACGCCCGGCAGGGGGGAGACACAGCGGCCUGUCAGCAACACCAGCCUGUUGUCCCGUGACGACUAUGACCUGGAUGACCUGAGCGACACAGGCACAGACAUUGACUCUCUGAUCACCAAGAAGCUGCUGGAGCUCUACGCCCUGCACCAGAUUGACCAGCUGGCCAAGUGCACCUCUGACUCCUCUUUCUCCCGCAAGACCAACGAGAUCAGCGAGCUCAUCUACAGCAUCGCUCAGGACUACAACCUGGAGGAGCAGGAGGCCGAGUGCAAGCUGGUGCACGGGGUCAUCCGCAUCAGCACCCGAAAGGGCAAGAGGAACAAGAGCCAUCAGUCGACAGGGCAGCGUCCCAACGGGAGGAACGACGGGACCCUCCCCGACAGCGGAAACGAGACCAUGACCAACACUUUAGUUAGCAGUGACUCUUUUUUUCCAGAGGUCAAAGUGUCAGAGCAGACUCCAUCGGAUGAGCUGGCGAGGAAAAUGAGACAUUACAGCGGGAGAACGUACUCCUCCAGCACGGCCACAGCCUACUCGGCCUACCAUCAUGACACCGAAAUAGACUCUUCAGGCGCUCCUCUUAUUCUCUGAAGGGGCACACAGACAAAAAAAGUACCUUUCCUGACAAGCAAUGUAGCCGACUAAAUGGACAAUGUUAUCCCUUUGCUAUAUUUGUUUGCUGCUGUUACUAAGUGAAGCACCUUUUACCCUGGGCGGUGGUACUUCUGCUUUUAGUGGUUAAUGUUAUGCUAUUGGAGUGUCAUUUAAUUUCAUGCACCUUUUAUCUCUCCAUCAAGUGACCCACUGAGGAAACAAUUAUUUUUGUACAAAGCAAAAGACAAUGCAGGUUUUUUUUUUUUUAUGUAUGCAGUGUUUAAAGUUGUUUUGAGAAAAUGAAACAUGACAACACUCCUUCAGGCCAGAGGAUAGAGACCGAUGGUAGAAUGUAACCGUCCUCAUUCUUGUCUGUGAUUGUGUAUGCAAGCCAUUGUGCGUGAACUGUAUAUAUGUUUGGGGCUUAUCCACUACUGCCAUUUAAGUCUCUUUGAAAGCAUGUGUUGUCCUGAAAACUGCAUUGUUAAGCCAUACUUUGAUGUACAUAUUUUUUUUUAUCAAUGUUACUCUCAGGUUUUUUAACCAUUUGUGGCAUUUCGCCGCAGUUUUUUUAUUCACUGUUUUUAACAAAAUAAAAAUCUCCAUGCUUGUUUAUUCCAUUUCGAGUGCAUUCAAUAAUUAAAUGCCUUUUAUACGUAUACAAUAAUUGUGUUUA